AUGAUUUUUUUAAUUUGGUCAUUAAUUCAAUUCUUCAUCCUAUAUAUACUCUUAAAAAGAGAAAUGUUUAACCUUAUUGACUUAAUAUCUCCUUAUUUAUUCCAUAUUUCAGUAAUUUUUAUGUAUGGAAUAGCUAAAUUUGGAACUGUUAAAUUCUCUAGAAAGGUAGAUUCAAAAUAUUAUUCUAUAGUAUCCUUAAAAUUGCCUAAUAUUAUUGCUUCAAGUGUAUUUUACUACCUAAACUUAUAUGACUUUUUGUAGAUCCUUUAGCAAUGAAAGAAUACAUUUUUCAAAUGGAAUAUAAAAUACUAGUAAUCUUUAUUUAUAUAUUAUGCUAGCUGCUGAUUUAGUUACUAAAUAUGCUGUACAAUAAUUUCUAUUUAAUAUUUUAAUUACUUCAACUCUCAUUAUUUAUAUAGUUAUUGAAAAGUAAAGAAUUCGUCCAAUUGGUAAACAUUAUUAGUAUUUUAGUUGCCAUAGCAUUAUGUUGUGUCUCUAGUCUUAUUCCUUUAAUAUUUGAUCAUUGGUUAUUUGUCAAUUCCAUAGUUGCUUCUUUAUAUGGAUCUACAUUAGUAGUGGUCAUAUUGCAAAUAAUGAAAGGAAGAGUAAUAAUUAUUAAAUAUUUUAUUAGUUUGAAUUGGAAACAUCAAACAUAAUAACAGCCACUAACAUCCUUUUUUAUGGACUUAUCUCUCCGAUUGAUCUAAAAUGA